CUAUUGACUCUGCAGACAGUUGGCGACUUCUGUGCAUUGUGUGCUUCAGCAUGCGCUGACCCCGCUCUAUCAUUUUACUUGACCUAUUACUUUAUGGCUGAGUUGCUGUUGUUCCCAGUUGCUUCCUCUUUGUUAUAAUACCACUAACAGUUGACCGUGGAAUAUUUAGUAGCAAGGAAAUUUCAUGGAUGGACUUAUUGCACAGGUGGGAACCUAUCAUGGUACCACGCUUGAAUUCACUGAGCUCCUGAGAGUGACCUAUUCUUUCACAAUUGUUUGUAGAAGCAGUGUAUACACCUGUGGCCAUGGGGUGAAUGAAACACCCGAAUCCAAUGAUUUGGAGGGGUGUCACAAUAAGUUUGGCAAUAAAGUGUUUAUAUAUCUAAAGUUAUGCUCAAAAGUUUGCAUA